AUGAACACACCUCCUACACCCAUAACACACUAUGGUUCGAACUCUUUUUCUGGGCAGUCGGUGAAGAAGGAUGAGCACAGGACUUGCUUUUGUGGGAGACGAGCUAGGAUCUGCACUUCUUGGACUCUUAAAAAUCCGGAAAGACGAUUCUAUAAAUGUGCCUCUGCUAAGGGAAUGGAAGGUUGUCAUUUCUUUGAGUGGUUUGAAGAGGAUUUUAGUCCUAAAACCUCGGAAGUGAUUACUCACCUAAAUCAGAGGAGGAUUUUUCUGGAGGAAAAGUUAGAACUUGUUGAAGCUAAUUUAUCACAAAUGACUGAAAAAAAAGGUGCUCAAAGAAGAGAAGAAGCACCUGUGUGUGGAGAUAUUGAGGGUGCAAGCUGA